AUGCGCUCGUCAGCACCACUGCGGCGAACAGGGGUGGUGCUGCUGCUGCUGGGCUGCUGCAUGCUGCUAUCAGUCACAGCAGCCGGAGCGGCGCCGCAGGCCGCCAGCCCCGGACCCAGCAGCCCCUCAGGCCUGUGGCAGGCGGGCGUGCUGUGCGGCGCCGGCUGCGCCCGCGCCGCUCACCGCGCAGCGCUGCUCUCGCGUUGGCAGUCCCUGCUCGCGGGCGCGGCGGCAGCGCCGGUCGUGACGUCGGCGCCGGCGGCGCCCGGCGGCGGGCCGACGUUCUUCAUCCUGGCUCGGCACCUGAAGCCCCUCGAGGCCAACUUUGAAUGGGCGGCCGCAUUCUGUGCCGUGAGGGGCGGCGAGCUGGCCUCCUGGCGCAACCAAGGGGAGUACGCCCGACUCGCCGCCCUCGCCCUGUCGCUGGCAAAGAGCAAGGGCGCGGUGUUCCACGCAUAUGUCGGCGCGGCGCAGACCCCCGGCGCGGCCGAGCCCGCCGGCGGCUGGGUGUGGGCGGCAGGGGGCGCGCCGGUGGGCGUGGGGUUUCCCUGGGCGCGCGGCGAGCCCAACUCGCACAACGGCGGCGGGCAGAAGGGGCACUCCGAGGACUGCGCUGUGGUGGCGACGUACCACGGCGCUGCCCAGGCGGCCGCGCUGGUCGACGACUUUCCGUGCAACUACGGCACCGCGGACGGCAAGUUUCAGUCUGGGGGCUACGACCCCAAGCUCACGCCCAAGUCUAACAGCAAAUCUGAGAUGAACAAGCCGAAGGGCGGCAAGGCAAAGGACGCCAAGCGCGCAGCCGACAAGGAAAAGAAGGCGGCCAAGGCUGGGACCGCGCCCGGCGGCAUUCCCUUCAGCAAAAAAUAG